UAUCAUGUCAUGUAAAAUUCAUAAGCCUCAUGGCUUUUUCCCUUGUUUUCAAUUUCACUCACGUUUUGUUAUUGAGUUUAAAGUACCCUGCGUCCAAUUCCAAGCAUCCAUUAUCUAGAACUGAGAAUAUGACUUUUGGGUGAGGUCUACUGACAUUGAUCAGAUUUAUAUAACUACUGGUUGGACAGCAGGAGGAGUCAUUUCCUGUAUGUUUGAGACGUAUAGUACAUGCAAUGGGCUCAAAGGGUUGCCAACUUUCUCAUCAACAAUUAGAAUGUCAACCGCUAUCAAGCAUCUACUGCUCUUCAGCUUGAAAUACUUUGUUCAACACGAUUGCUACCUUGGUUAUGAGAUUAGCUUGUUCAUUCUCGGUCCACUUUACUCCAAGUGCUGUGCCCUGUGUCAGCCAUGACAGUGAGCUCCCCUGCAGAGGUCCAUUCUGUGAGGGGCAAUGCCGUCACCCUGACUUGCACCUUCACCUCUACCAGCCGAGCCACCAGUCGUAUGUCAGUGGACUGGUCCUACAGGCCCCAGACCGGAGGCCCUCCGCAGGCAUUCUUCCACUUCUCCUCCCUGGCGUUCCCUCCGCAGGAAGGCCAGUUUAACGGGCGCGUGAAGUGGCUGGGCAGCCCGGCCCGGGGCGAGGCCUCCAUCCAGCUCCUCAACGCCUCCCUUAGCGACAACGGCACCUACACCUGCUCAGUCAGGAACCCCCCUGACGUCCACGGAUCCCCCACCUCACAGACCGUCCUCACCGUGACGCCCAAAGUGCCCGCGGUUCGUUUCUCGGACGUGGCGGUGCUUCUAGCCUUCAUUCUGCUUCCUUCCGCCAUCAUCACGCUGGCUCUGCUGGGUCGCAUGUGCUGCCCUCCGAGGGACAAGAGCCAGACCCAGGGUUACCACUCCCCUAUUGAGGUCACACCCGAAGAUGAGCCUGGCUUUAUGCAGAUCAACCGCAAGGAGAAAAACAUGACAUGCUGUGACCUAUAUUUUCUGGAUUCCGACUAUGAGGAUUACUACAUCCACAAAGAGAGGCCUCUGGCUCAGGGAGAGACCAUGGCUGUGUCUCAGUGCUAGAGACCCCUGGUGGCGGUGCUCUGUAAGGACAGAGGCCCCCUCCAUGCCUUGCCAAUGGGAGUGGUUGGCCAGAAUUCUCGCUUAUACUGUUUGUUAAAAAUGGCAAGAUUCCUGGACUUAGUUCUGUCUCACACAUCAGUAUCCACUCACACUCCUCCCUUCUCUCAUGGCUUGUCAACAGCUGAUUCUAAUGGUGGGAUAGACAUGGAUCCAGUGCCUGACACAUGGACACACACACAUAUGUUUUGCACUAUACUAUAAACAUUUCUGGAUAGAUUUUCUUAUUAUGAAGGAGAUGCGUAUAUUACUAAGUUAUUGUCUGCUUUAUCACUUUUGUAAUGUAGAAUCAUUGUUUUUGUACAGCUAUUGUGAGAGUUUUUGUUGAACUAUUGGACCUUAUGGAAUCUAUUGCUAGAAUUGUAGACAGUCUUUAUCUGUGGCUACAUCUGCUUCAUUGAGUCCAAUUAAUAUUAUUUGAAACAUAUAUUUCAGAGUUUGUGUUACAUUUGAACCCGUUGGUAUAACUACAUUGAGGAGUUGACCAACUAUGACCUCUGAUUUAGAUGCUGAAUACAUUUACAGGAUUUGAUUUACAUGUUGGAAUUUGGAUGUACAGUGUAGUGAAUGUUGUUGAAUGUAUGUAUGUGCAAAUGAUUGAAAAAUGAUGCUUAAUAAAAUACAUAAAUGUUCUUGUC